AUGAUAUCAUCUCCAAUUACCUCAUGUACUGAGGCAAUUGAAAUGAUCUCAAAACUUCCACAAGAAGUAUUUGAAAAAAGUACAAGAACAGCAACAAAGAAAUUAUUAGCAUCAAUUGGUUUAGUGACAAUUGGUACAUAUUUAGUAUAUGCACUUCCAUGGUAUUUGUUACCAAUUGGAUGGAUAUUUAUGGGUACAGCAUGUUGUGGAUUAUUCUCUGUUGGGUAUGCAUGUGGUAAUGAUUUAUUUUUCAAGAAUAAAUUUGUUAACUAUGUAGUUGGAACAAUUUGUAUGUUACCAUUAAUGUAUCCAUUAGCCUAUUGGAAGAAAAGAAUUGAAAAGAAAGCAACAGCAAGUCGUGAUUUCGUUCGUGAGAUUGCAAGUGGUAAUUUUUGGUUCCUCAGUUCAUUACUUCAAUGGUUAUCAUUAAAUUUCAGUUUCAAAUUCUCCAAAUCAAUGAUGGUCUCAGUCUCAUUCCUUUAUGUAUUCAUCGCAUUAUUCUUCCCAAUUAUGACCUACAGUAUGGGCAUUUGGGGUUUAUUCAAGUACUAUUUGAUCCCAUUGUUUGUGUACCACUUUUGGAUGUCAACAUUCCUCAAGGCUUCAUCUCUCUCAAGUGUCGCAAGUAAACCAACUUUCUUUGCCCUCCCACGUUGGGUACAAUAUUUAACACAAGAUUUUAACAUUGGUGUUACCUUGAGUCACAUGUCUCAAAAUUUGGGUGUACCAUCAUACAAAUGGAAAGAUGCUUACAAUUUAUUAAAGAAAGAGUAUGAAAAUAUCACUGAAUUAUCAUUUGCUUCACUCUUGAUCAAUUUACCACCAGUUGUCCAACAUGUUGAACCAAAGAAUUCUACACUCUCUGUCGAAUUGGAUGAAAAGAAACAAGAUGAGACCUCAUCCUCCAAUUUAUUCGAUCCAGUAACUCAUCCAUUUGGUUUGCUCAAGGUUGAUCCAUCAAAACCAUUCCAUGAAAGAAUCAAUUGGAAUGUUGCUAUCUUUUUAUGUGGUACCCCAUUUUUAGCACUCUAUGGUAUUUUAACAACUCCAUUCAUCACUAAAACCUAUAUUACCGCAUUCCUCGCUUACUAUAUCUCUGGUAUGGGUAUUACAGCUGGUUAUCAUCGUUUAUUCUCUCAUCGUUCCUAUAGGGCUUCAUUACCAGUUCGUAUAGUUCUCAUGUUAAUGGGUACAUCAACUUUUGAAGGUAGUGUUUUCGAAUGGUGCCAAGAUCAUCGUGCCCAUCAUCGUUUCACUGAUACCGAUAAGGAUCCAUACAAUGUAAAGAAAGGUCUUUUCUAUUCCCAUAUGGGUUGGAUGCUUUUCAAACGUAUUCCAGGUGAUGCCGAUAUUAGUGAUCUUAAAGCUGAUCCAGUUUUACGUUUCCAACAUAAAUAUUUCAUUCCAUUGGCAUUCAGUUUGGGUUGGUUCUUACCAAUGUUCAUUUGUGGUUUUGGUUGGAAUGAUUGGAAAGGUGGAUUUUUCAUCGCUGGUGUUGCCUCCAAAGUACUCAUGAUGCAAUGUACCUUUUGUAUCAACUCUUUGGCUCAUUAUCUUGGUGAAGCAACUUACACCGACCAAAGAUCUCCACGUGACUCUUUUAUCACAUCUUUGGUCACUUUUGGUGAAGGUUAUCAUAACUUUCAUCAUGAAUUCCCAUAUGAUUACAGAAAUGGUAUUCAUAUGUCUGCUUACGAUCCAGGUAAGUGGUUAAUCAAUUUCCUUAGUUGGUUUGGUUUCGCCUAUGAAUUAAAGAGAUUCCCAAGUGAAUUAUUCGCAAAAGGUAAAAUUCAAAUGCAAGAGAAAACCAUCAAAAAAUUACGUGAUCAACUCUAUUGGGGUAAACCAUUGGAUCAAUUACCAUCAUUCACUCGUGCUCAAGUUAAAGAGAAAUGUCAAAAAGAAAAGAAACAACUCUUAAUCAUUGAAGAUGUUAUCUAUGAUAUGUCUGAAUUUGCUGAAAAACAUCCAGGUGGUAAACAAUACAUUGACGAUUAUAUUGGUAAAGAUGCAACUAAAGCUUUUAAUGGUUUAGUUUAUAAUCAUUCAUUUGCUGCUAGAAAUUAUUUGGAUCUUUAUAGAGUUGCUUUAUUAUCAAAUGAAUAA